AUGGGGUUUGUUGAAGAACAUACAAAUCAUGUGUUGAGUAGUCCAGACAAAGCAAAAAUGCACAGAUCACAUCAACAAUUCUAUAAAACUCAAAGAUGUAAAAAACUUAUUGAUAGUCUGCGAGAAGAAGGUUUGCCUCCUUCCACUAUUUCUCGCGUUAUCAAUGCAACCAAUGGAAGAGACGGUGAAUUUGUGACAUCACAACAGUGCAUUGAUCAUAUCAGAACCCAAAGAGUCAACAAUAUUGGUCAUGAAUGCAUAUCUAUCAUUCGACAUUUUCAGAGUAUGACAGCGAAUGAUCCAGAAUUUUAUUUUGCAAUAGAAGUAGACAGUAGUGGACAAAGGAGGAGUGUAUUCUGGGCCGACGGAAGAUCAAGAGCAUCUUAUUUGCAAUUCAGUGAUGUUAUUGUGUUUGAUGUGACAUACAGAACUAAUAAGUUCGGUCUUCCAUUUGCUCCAUUUACUGGUGUAAAUCACCAUAGGCAGUCCACUUUACUUGGUUGUGCAUUAUUAGCCGAUGAACAGGAAGAUACCUUUGUUUGGUUAUUUGAAGAAUGGCUGAAAUGCAUGCACGGCAUUGAACCAGGUGCUAUUAUAACAGAUCAGGAUAGAGCAAUGUGUAAUGCUAUUCACUCAGUGUUUCCAACGACAAGACAUCGUUAUUGCUAUUGGCACAUGCAAAAGCAUAUUAUUGAUCAUUUGCCUACUUUGGUAUCUCGUUAUGGUGAACAGUUUCAAAGGUAUUGGGGCUUGUGGUGCAAUAGUUCUUCAAUUGAACAAUGUGAAGGAUAUUGGGUUGAGAUGAAAGAGAAGUUUGAUAUAAAUGAAGAAGGGGAGGGAUGGUUGCAAACAGUUUACAAAUGCAGAGAACACUGGGUGCCGUGUUAUCUGAAGGACACUUUUUUUGCUGGAAUGAGAUCAAGCCAAAGGAGUGAAAGUAUUAAUGCAUUUUUUGAUGGGUAUGUUAACUCACAGACUCAGUUACACGAGUUUGUGACACAAUAUGAAAAAGCAGUAACUCAUCGCUUAAGUGAAGCCCAUGAAGAUUUUAAAAGUCUGAACACAAAGCCGGUCAUGCUCCUUGGACAUCCAAUUGAGGUCCAAGCUGGAGAAAUGUAUACACUCUGA